AUGGUGACUAUUCAGGAAGUGGAUUUCUCCAGCACGAACGCGGCUGAACAGCUGCGUAUCGCGUGUACCGGGCUUGGAUUCUGCUACGUGGUGAAUCACGGAAUCCCCGAUGACCUCCUGACUCAAGUGUACAAGGAAAUGCAGAAUUUCUUCAGCCAACCAUUUGAGGAGAAGCAUAAAGUGCUCGCUAAUAAAUAUAUGAGAGGAUACACGACGAUGAACGAGGAGACGCUGGAUCCGGCGGUACAGACCAGAGGAGAUACCAAAGAAGGUUAUUACAUCUGUCGCCAUGUGCCCAUAGAUAGCGACGAGAUGAUGCUCCCACUUCACGGCCCUAACAUCUUCCCAGACGAAGCCAAAUUUCCCACGUUUAAAAGGACAAUGGAAAAAUAUUAUGCAGCCAUGUGCAAAUUAGGGUUUGAAAUGGCUAAACUAUUUGCUGAAGCGGCAGGCGAAAAAGGCAUCUUUGACGGUCCAGGGAUGUUCGACAAGCCUAUGGCAGCUUUAAGACUGUUGCAUUAUGCUCCAGAGAAAUCGGAUGUGGAGAAAGGGGUUUUUGGAGCUGGAGCUCAUACAGAUUAUGGCUUAAUUACGUUACUCUCCACGGAUACUACAGGAGGUCUGCAAAUUUUGCAUGAGGAAAAGUGGGUCGAUGUGCCACCCCGUGAAGAUGCCUUUGUGAUGAAUAUUGGAGAUAUGGCGGAAAGGUUCACGAACAAGACAUUCAAGUCAACAUUGCAUCGUGUGGUAAAUGUUUCGGGCGAAGAACGCUACUCGGUGCCGUUCUUUUUUGAGCCGAACUUCACGUGCCAGGUAGAGUGUUUCUCAAGUUGUGUGAGUGAAGAGAACCCGAUAAGGUACCCACCUACUACCAGCGGUUUGCAUCUUUUGGACAAGUACAAGCAAACAUACGCCUCUUUUAAGGCCCAGUAG